CCGUAGAAUUUGCGUUGAGGUUCAGUUUGCAUUAUUUUUUCGUGAGACUUGCUGUGUAUAAAAAAACAAGAAAAAGGAGGCAUUAUUCAGCAGAAAAUCACAUUUUAAAUAUAAAUACAUUUAGUAAACGCAUAAAUCAUCAACAAAUAUGGUUGGAUCACGCGUUUAUGUGGGCGGCCUGCCGUACGGUGUCCGUGAGCGCGACUUGGAACGGUUUUUCAAAGGCUACGGCCGCACUCGUGAUAUACUUAUCAAGAACGGAUAUGGCUUCGUGGAAUUUGAGGACUAUCGCGAUGCUGACGAUGCCGUAUACGAAUUAAACGGGAAGGAGCUGCUAGGCGAACGUGUGGUUGUUGAACCAGCCAGAGGCACAGCCCGCGGCAGUAAUCGGGAUCGUUACGAGGAUCGCUACGGCGGACGCCGUGGUGGAGGCGGGCGCUACAAUGAUAAAAACAAAAAUUCCAGAUCAUCCUCACGAUAUGGACCGCCAUUGCGCACUGAGUAUCGUCUGAUUGUCGAGAAUUUAUCUAGCCGUGUCAGCUGGCAGGAUCUGAAGGACUACAUGCGUCAGGCUGGCGAGGUCACCUAUGCCGAUGCCCACAAGCAGCGUCGCAAUGAGGGUGUUGUGGAAUUUGCCUCCUUGUCGGACAUGAAGACGGCAAUUGAGAAGCUCGAUGAUACCGAGCUGAAUGGCCGUCGAGUGCAUUUGGUCGAGGAUCGUCGUGGCGGACGCAGCGGUGGUGGCGGCGGCAGCGGUGGUGGCGGUGGCGGCGGCGGUGGUGGUGGUGGCGGCGGACGUGGUCGUUCCCGUUCAUCCAGCUCCCGUUCACGUUCUCGUUCCCGCAGGCGUUCUCGCUCUCGUCGCUCUUCGCACUCGCAUUCGAAGUCGCGCAGCCGCUCCAAGUCACGCGGCGGACGCUCGAAGUCUAAGUCACCAGUCAAGUCGCGUUCUCGCACACGCUCGCGCUCCAACAAAUCUCGAGAUGUGUCCAAGUCAAAGUCAAAGUCCCGUUCGCGUACUCGCUCCCGCUCGCCCAAGCGCGAUACGCACUCUCGCUCACGCUCCAACUCCAAGCGUGAGUCACGUUCCCGUUCCCGUUCGAAGUCGAAUCGCCGCGAUUCGCGUUCACGCGAUCGCUCUGCAUCGGCUGAUAACAAGUCGCGUUCUCGCUCCCGAUCACGCUCCGCAUCGCCGAAGAAUGGAAACGCCUCCCCGGAUCGCAACAACGAAAGCAUGGACGAUUAGAUUAGUUAGCUUUGCCCCAUUAAUUAUAAAAAUAUUGAUUUUAGAUUUCGACUAUUUACUCUAGAAAACCAAUACAGACACCUUAUCCACCAAAAUGAAUACAUACGAAUCAUGAACGCGUGCAAACCUAAAAUCCACUACCAAAACAUCGUAAACAUUUUUUUAAUAUUUAAAAAUUAUGUUUAAGACUUCAAUUUGAUCGACAUGCAUGAUAACCCACUGUAUUUCUGUUGAACACUCAAAAUACACUGUAAACAAAAAAUUAUAAAAAUUGUAUCAUGUCGACAAAUUUUUUCCAUUAAUCAUUUCAUGUGCAAUGGUAAAAAAUGUCUAGACUAACCAAUUUUUCUUACACCAAAUUACCAUACAUAUUGUCUACACAAAUAUUUCAAUAAAUACUGAACGGAUAAAUUACAUAUA